AUGUCCGCCUUCGCAGAUGGGACGGCAGGCCAACGCGCUCAUAGUGGCGGAAAGCGCAAGGGCGGCAGGGCUGUUGCGGCCAAGGGCGGUCCCUCGGGCAGGCAGUCGCAGGAUGCGGAUGGAGGCGACGAGGGGGAUCAUGCCGAGCCGGAAGCUCGUGGUGGCGGAAAGCGCACCGGCGGCAGGGCUGCCGCGACCAAGGGCGGUCCCUCGGGCUCGCAUGAUGCGGAUGGUGGCGACGAGAAGGAUCAUGCCGAGCCGGAAGCUCGUGGUGGCGGCAUACGCAACGGCGGCAGGGCUGCCGCGGCUAAGGGCGGUCCCACGGGCAGGCAGUCGGAGGAUGCAGAUGGUGGCGACGAGGGGGAUCAUGCCAAGCCGGAAGCUCGUGGUGGCGGCAUGCGCAACGGCGGUAGGGCUGCCGCGGCCAAGGCCGGUCCCUCGGGCUCACAGGAUGCGGAUGGUGGCGAGGAGAAGGAUCAUGCCGAGCCGGAAGCUCGUGGUGGCGGCAUGCGCAACGGCGGCAGGGCUGCCGCGGCUAAGGGCGGUCCCACGGGCAGGCAGUCGGAGGAUGCAGAUGGUGGCGACGAGGGGGAUCAUGCCAAGCCGGAAGCUCGUGGUGGCGGCAUGCGCAACGGCGGUAGGGCUGCCGCGGCCAAGGCCGGUCCCUCAGGCUCACAGGAUGCGGAUGGUGGCGACGAGAAGGAUCAUGCCGAGCCGGAAGCUCGUGGUGGCGGCAUGCGCAACGGCGGCAGGGCUGCCGCGGCUAAGGGCGGUCCCUCGGGCAGGCAGUCGCAGGAUGCGGAUGGUGGCGACGAGAAGGAUCAUGCCGUGCCUGCAUGCCGUGGCGUUAACGAUCAUGAUGAGGACGAGCCAGCAGCUGUGACUGAUGGGAAAGGUGGACGUGAAGCUGUGAUUCCCUACCAACGGCGCAAGGCUGUGGAUCCAGGCAGUUGCGACCAUAAGGCGAGACAAGCUCGGCACGGCCCCAAUGUGCACGUCUCGAGCUCGUCUGGUUCCGAGGAAGAUUCGAGUGACAGUGAGUCGGGCAGCUCAUCUGGGAGUGAGGAGGUAUACGAGGACGAGGUUGAGGAGGAGGAGGACGAGGAUGAUGAGGAGUUGGAGCCGGAGAGCGAGGAUGGGGAGGAGGCUCGGCCUUUGAAGAGGAGGAGUGUGCGGAAGCUCAAGAAGGGCAACGCUAAGCAAAAAUCGGAGAGGGGACGGGUGAAGAUCUGUAAACAAAGUGUGCGUCGUGCCAAACCACAUGGCAAGCGCCAGAGACCUCGAUUCGAAGCUAAAAUAGUGGGUGUGCGUAGCAAGGCGAAGCGGGAGUUGAAUUUUUACGAAUCAAUGGGGAUACGAUGUCCAUCAAGCUCUCAUGAACGGCAAGCCGCGGACCCGUACGCUGCGUUACGCGAUCUGAUGGGUUCGGCUGGGAAGGGAGAUCAGAUGGCUUGGGGGUCAGCGCGGUUUGGCAAAGAAGCGACGGACCCGCCCCCCAACCAUAUGGGGGGUCGCGCGGUUCAUGUGAAGAAUGAGGGGGCAACGAAGCGGCACGAACCCUCGGUAGCUGCAGCAGCGAAUGGCGGUGUGGGAGGAGGUGUGUGGGCGAAUGCCUUGGGCGAAUGUGGCGGCGGUGUGGAAGGCUCCAUGUGGGAUGUACAGGAGAGCAGGGGAGAAGGGGGGGACAAAAAAAUGGAUCCAGCGACUAAGGAGGGGAGGGGAGAGAGUAUGGGCACACCUGGCGCAUCCAGUCGGCCGGAUGUGGCUGGCGGCAGGACUGUGGAGCAGCUCAUGCGAGAGCUUGCCCAGCGGGAUCGCGAAAUCGCUGCACUCAAGGCAAGGCCAGGAUCAAAAGGAGCUGUCAAGCCCUGCACCCCUCCAUCUAGGCCUCCUCCUCUAGCAUCUCUGUCGAGCGGCCCAUCUAUAGGGGGCCUCGAUCCAGACCUGCAGCUCUCUCUCUCUCAACCCCUCUUGCUGCUGAUAAGCGUGUUUGUGGCAUUAUGCGCAGUGAUAGCGGCAAGUCUGCAGUGGGAUAGGCAUUCCCAGUACGCCUCGCUUCAGGGACGUGGCGCUGGGCGUACGAUGCUCUCACAUUCUGCCCGCGACCCAGAGCUCACCAUAGCAGUUAUCCAUCCUCAUUGGCCCCUCUCUCCCAUCCCUUCCCACCCUAAACCAGAGCCCCUGUUCAUGGUGCUGGUGCUGGUGUGGGUGGCACGCGGCGCAAGGAUAGCUCAUUGUAGCAGUUAUCCUUCCUAUCCCUCCCCCCUCUCUCCCAUCCCUCGCCUAGCUCUUCCAGAGCCCCUGUUCCUGGUGCUGGUGGUGGUAGCUCCUGUUCAUGGUGCUGGUGGUGGGGUGGGUGUCAUGCGGCGGAGUGAUCAUAAAUCGCAGCAAGCUCCUGUUCAUGGUGCUGGUGGUGGGGUGGGUGUCAUGCGGCGGAAGCCCAUGUUCAUGGUGCUGGGGGUGGUGUGGGUGUCAUGCGGCGGAGGGAUAGCUAAGCAUAGCAAGCUCCUGUUCAUGGUGCUGGUGGUGGGGUGGGUGUCAUGCGGCGGAGUGAUCGCUCACCAUAGCAGCUAUCCUUCCUCUCCCUGCACCCUCUCUCCCAUCCCUCCACCACCUCUUCCAGAGCCCAUGUUCAUGGUGCUGUUGUUGCUUAACGUUGGUUCUUCUCCCACUGUCCCCUUCUCCCGCCCCCCCUUUAAUCUACACCUCUCCCCUCCCCUCCUGCCAUCCCGUUCUCUCCCUCCCUCCAUUUCUCUUCAGCCAUCCCCUUCUAUCCCGCCCUCCAUGUCUCUCCUGCCCUCCCCCUCUCCCCUGCCCUCCCCUUCUCUCCUGCCCUCCCCUUCUCUCCCGCCCUUCCCUGCUCUACUGCCCUCCAGCCAACCCUCCAUUCAUUCUAUACCGCCCUCCACUUCAUCCAUACCCUUUGGACAACCCCUAAACCAUGUCGUGCAUGAUCUUCGUCCCCGCCUUGCCCUGCGUGCGCGCAGGAGGGAAUCAGCCGGUCAGCUCGUGGGGAAACAGCAGAGACGGGCUCCCGUUUGCCAACGGCCAGGCUUGGCAAAGGUUAAAAAGACCGACUGGAACGUCUCGAACUCCCACCGCAAGAACACCGAGUGGAUGACGGGUUUGCACCGAAAUGUGCGGUGGAUCAUCAAGGACCACUUCACACGCCACACCCCCGUGUACAACACAGUCGUGCAGGGCUUCAAGUGGGGCAACCGUGGCCUGUAUGUUCACGAGUCAGGAUUUGAGGCGUUCAAGGGGAAGGCCGUGCCUGACGAGGAGAAGAAGGACUUGAAGGAGGAAGAGCAGGAGGUGUACGACGCGGAGGACUUGAAGACGGAUGACGAGGAGGAUGACGAGGAUCAGGAGGAGGAGGAGGAGGAGGAGGAGGAGGAGGAGGAGGAGGAGGAGGAGGAGGAGGAGGAGGAGGAGGAGGAUGAGGAGGAGGAGGAACAAGGCAUUGGUGGAGACAGCAAGGGGAGCAGCACGCCAGGCAAGAAAGUAGAGUCAGCAUGGGGGGUAGCACGGGCGGCAAAAGCGUGGAGUCAGCAAGGGGGGCAGCAGUAG